CUUUCUUUUCGAAACCACCGCUUCUCCUCUCUCUCUCUCUCUCUGCUGAAUAAGAUCUCAACAUAAUUCACGGCAAAAACCCCAAAGAAAAUCCCCGUAUGCGCUUGGAUCAGUCGAAACUUCCCCAUUUGUCCUCAAAUUUCCAGCUUCAUAGACCCUAGAUUCGGAUACCAACUUCUUUUAUUUCUUGAAAGUUCGAUCAUCUCAAGUGAGAAAUCCCUAGCUUUCAAAGCAAAUCUUGGGUGAAUCGGAUCCAUCGAUCGGUCGCUGUUGAAUUCUAGGUCAGUAGUGGAUGAGUCUGGCUAACAGCUGAGGGAACUUGUUUUCUGGGCUCAUUUUUUUUAGGGUUUAUUGUUUUGAUUCGGAUCGAGAAAGAUCCAAUUUUUUGCUCAGUUUGUUGGGUUCUCGCAAAGGUUUUCGUUUGAAAUCGCGGCAAGUUUGGUGAUUCUUUGUGAAAAUGAGUAGCAAAAGGGAGGAGGAGAGAAAUGAGAAGAUCAUUCGAGGUCUCUUAAAGCUUCCUCCUAACAGAAAGUGCAUCAAUUGCGGCAGCCUGGGUCCGCAGUAUGUCUGUACAACUUUUUGGACUUUUGUCUGUAUGACUUGCAGCGGGAUUCAUCGGGAGUUUACGCACCGUGUGAAAUCAGUGUCCCUGGCUAAAUUUACUACUCAAGAAGUUGAAGCUCUCCAAAAGGGUGGUAAUCAGCGUGCCAGGGAAAUGUUUCUGAAGGAUUGGGACUCGCAACAAAUGAGAUUACCUGAUAGCAGCAAUGUUGACAGGAUUAGGGAAUUUAUAAAAAAUGUUUAUGUGGAUAAGAAAUAUGCAAGGGGGAGGUCCUCUGACAAGCCACCCAGAGACAUGCAGAGCCAUAAGAACCAUGAAGAAGAACACCGGAGGGCCAGUUCCUAUCAUUCCUUUUCUCAGAGUCCACCUUACGAACAUCAAUAUGAAGAAAGGCGCUAUGGGAAGCAAACUGGGAUUUUAAGUAGAAAACCUGGUUCAGAUCGUGGGUAUUAUGAAGGGAAGGUUUCUAGCUUCAUAUACAGUCCAGGUCGUCAGGGAGAGCAAAUGUAUGAGGACAGAUUUGCCAAUGAAAGUUAUGCUUCAAGAAAUUCGGACUACUCAGUGUCUAGCACAGGAGAUCCAUUUAGAUUUGAUGGUCAGUCGCCAAACUUUCAGGACGUAGGGUAUAACAGUCCUCCUUUACAACAAGUAAGGGAUAUCUUAAUCGAAGAUGGACAGUCCCGGACAUUGAAUACAUACUCUGAGGCAAAUGUUAAGAGGGGCUUAGAUGGGAUCCCACACCCACAGAGAACUGCAUCGUCAGGCAGCUGUGGAUCCAUCGAGAGCAACUCGAUAUCUCUUAAGUCAGCUAAUUCAUUCAGCUUGAUCGAUACUGUCCCUGAGACCGAACGUGCUUCUGGAACCCUGCAAUCCGGGUCAUCCACAUCUCUCGCUUCACAGUUAUCUGCUUCUGCACAUGCCAUGAACCAGGACCCCUUCAGUCUGUCAACUGUGCAGCAAACAAUCACUUCUUCAACUCCAUCUAUAGAUUUGUUUGCACAUAUCAACAAUCAGUCUUCAUCUACUACCCCUUCUGAGCUGAAAAUGUCGGCUGUUCCUUUAUCAGAAAAUGUUGGAUGGGCUACAUUUGACUUACCUCACCAAGUGGGACCUACUGCUGAAACAACUAAGGGGCUUCCAUCAGCCGUGCCUCCUGGUGAAGAGGCACCUAAAGUGAAGAAUGAUUUAUUUGCAUCAGUAAGUAAUGACUCGCAAUGGUUUUCAAUACAAAAUUCUUCUAAUCAUGGAACUUCAUCCUCGAUAGCUGAUCAGCAGCCUGUGAGUUUACAUGAAGUUAAAGGAUUUGCAGAUACAAACAGCUCUCAGUCUUGGAAUGCUUUUGAUGAUUCGACUUGGAAUAUUCCUCAAACUUCAUUGUCGGCUUUACCACAGACGAGUGAGCCACAAAUUCCUGCGCACAACCAUCCUGCAUCUGCUGAUAAAUUUACUGGUUUGAAUGUUUCAGAGGUGCCUGCCAGGGGUGGAUUGCAAAAAUCAGCUAUAGAUGAACUCACAGCUUUCGACGGGUCAUUUAGUGGUGUGGCUGGAUCAUCCUUUUCUUCAUCUGUUCCGCCUUCGAUGGGUGGGACUACUCAAGAACGAAAAUCAACAAAUCCCUUUGACCUCGCAUAUGACUCAGAGCCAGAAGCUAGCAAUAUGUUUUUGGACAUGAGCUCACUACAAGCAGCCUUGCCAGAUCAACAGUUGCCCAAUGCUUUCCUUGGAGGUUUGUCUCAAACAUGGUUCCCUCAGAAUUCAGUGCCAACAUAUGUUCCUUCUGUGUCUCAAGGAGGGCUAGCAUUUAUGGCGGGACAUGUUCCAGGAUCACAGUUGCCGAACAUUCCCGCACAAGGCUCCAUAUCAUCUCUCGGGGGGAAUCCCUUUGCAUAGGCAAGUGGGCGAUAUCAUUUACCAUGGGCAUUUUGAUGGUGGCAUUUGACUUUCCUCAUUUUCAGCAUUAUCAUUGGUUUAUUCAAAUCAGGUGCUUGAGAUAUUGUUCUUAUAUUCAUUAUGCAAUAGAAGUAUACCAGAUUGUGAGGUUGCAAUGAGUGAAUUUAGGAUAACUUGGAUAACUUGAUAUAGUUACUAUUUUUUUAUGUUUACAAACUGCAUUUUUUUUCCUGCUUGGAUGAACUUAGGUAAUGUAUGUCAACUUGAGAAGAUGGGGCUCAGAUA